AUGGAAGGCGACACGAACGAAAACCUUUUGGACACACACAGCAACAAGGAAAACACUCUCAAGAACAAAAUAUGGACCGAGUCGAAGAAGAUGUGGUUAGUCGCGGGCCCCUCAAUCCUCAUUCGGUUCUCGACGUUCGGUAUAAGUGUCAUAAGCCAAGCCUUUGUUGGCCACAUUGGCCCCACCGAGCUCGCUGCCUACGCUCUCGUUUUCACUGUCAUCCUAAGAUUCGCCAAUAGCAUACUGCUAGGAAUGAACAGCGGGCUCGGCACACUAUGCGGCCAGGCGUACGGCGCCAAACAAUAUCACAUGCUCGGUAUUUACCUCCAACAAUCGUGGAUCGUUUUAACUGCGGCCACAUUUUUACUCUCGCCGUUGUUUAUUUUCACGGUGCCCAUCCUCAGAGCCCUCGGGCAGGACGAACACAUAGCAGAAGUGGCGGGAAAUGUGGCCCUGUGGUUCAUCCCAGUUAUUUUCUCCUACAUUGCGUCAUUCAGUUGCCAGAUGUACCUGCAGGCACAGAGCAAGAACUACGUAAUUUCGUAUCUUGCGGUUUACUCAUUGUUUCAGCACGUGGUGUUGUCGUGGGUUUUGACUGUGAGGUACGAGUUUGGUGUCCCGGGGGCAAUGGUGUCGACCAUAUUAGCAUAUUGGAUUCCGAAUUUCGGGCAGCUAGCGUACGUGAUGUUCGGAGGGUGUCGGGAGACGUGGAGGGGUUUUACGAGCCUUGCGUUUAAGGAUCUCGGGCCGAUGAUUAAGCUUUCGUUGUCGUCUGGUGCAAUGAUCUGCCUAGAGCUUUGGUACAAUACGAUACUCGUGCUCCUGACGGGAAACAUGAAAAAUGCGGAGGUCACCAUCGACGCUCUUUCUAUCUGCCUCAACAUUAGUGGCUGGGCUGUGAUGAUCUCCAUAGGUUUCAUGAAUGCAGCAAGUGUUCGAGUCUCGAAUGAGCUUGGAAGGAAGGAUCCGAAGGCCGCGAAAUUUUCAAUCUUGAUGGUGGUUUUUACUUCGUUCGCCAUCGCAUUUUUCCUCUUUGUGUUCUUCUUGCUCUUUAGGGAGCGUUUGGCUUACUUCUUCACGAAAAGCAAUGAUGUGGCCGAGGCUGUUGCUCAUUUGUCGCCUCUUCUAGCAUUUUCUAUACUUUUGAAUGGCGUUCAACCGGUUCUCUCGGGAGUGGCAGUUGGAGCCGGUCUUCAAGGGACGGUUGCAAUUAUCAACCUCUGUUGUUAUUAUUUGAUUGGUAUUCCGGUUGGGGCUUUGCUCGGUUAUGUGGCUCAUCUUGAAGUUGAGGGUAUUUGGAUUGGGAUGAACAUAGGAAUCUUUGCACAGUCGCUUGCACUUAGUUACAUGGCGUGGAAAACUAAUUGGGACGAACAAGUGAAGAUAGCUGCCGAACGUCUUCAACGUUGGUACCUCAGAUCAUCGGAAGAAAAUGGUAGCAACGGGCAUGCAUGA